GUCGCGUCGCGAUAGGCGGCGUGGUCGAUACCUCCUCGACGUAGCAUGUAGGUACACCCAUCUUCUAUUGGGCGGACACACAUCCAUACGUCUCGGUGGCGUGGUUAAAACGAACGACUCGCUCACGCACUCACGCAUGGCAAACGGCAGAAAAAAAGGCGGCGGUGGGGCGUCAGCGGUGGAGACGGUCGAGGAGGGGUCCGCCAAAUAUAAGCUAAAGAGAUUGUGCGAUGGACCAUACGAAAUUUCUCACUGCGCCCGGGACACGCUAAUCUCGCGGCACCAGGUUCGUGAUCCUCCCUGCAAGCUCUCUGCAAGCACAAGAGCGCGCGCGAGCCACCCGGUGAUCCGAUCGGACUCUCCUCCAGUUUCACGUGAAAUUCCCCGUCCGAACCAGCCAUGAAGAAGACCGCCGUUGUGAUCCUGACGACUGUGUUCGUCUUCGCCGCCGGCCAGACCAUCGACGAAUGUCUCAAGCAGGACAGCAUAUCCUGUGUGCAGAAGAGCCUGUACAGAAGCGCGAAGGAGUUCUUCAGCAAGGACCAGCUGGAGAUCGUGAGCGGAGUCAGUCUGGUGAAAAGCAAGGACGACGCCAGGAGCUCCAGGUCCGGCAAGGAUCUCGCACACGAUCAGGAGAUGGACGUCGCCAGCGGCGUGGUGGAGCGGCAGGACGCCCUCGAGAACUUCAUCGGCGACGAGGCUGGCCAGUUCUUGACCGGCCGUAGUCUCAGGAUCAACCUCGCGUCCGCCUUCGAGAAGGUCAGCGAGUCAGCUCGCGCCUUCAGCGAGUCCGUGCCGCCGGAGAUUCGCCAGGCUGUGGAUGAGGUGGUCGAAGGCCGCAGGAAGAAGAUGAAAGGGAUUUUGCCUCUGCUGAUCGCCGCGAAAGUGAAGAUGGGCCUCUUGGCGACUCUCACGUACUUCGUGGCCGGCUUGCUGGCGAAGAAGGCGAUCUUCGCGUCGCUCAUCUCCCUCGCCAUUUCCGCUUUCGUCGGCAUGAAGUCGCUCUGGGGCGGCAAGAGUGGCCACGACAUAACCGCUUACUCCAACGGCUGGAACGUGCCCAUCAGCGGCGGAUGGUCCGGUGGCGGCGGUGGAUGGUCCGCUCCCGUGGUCACCGGCGGAUGGUCAAACGGCGGCGGCGGCGGCGGCGGCGGCGGCGGCUGGGACGACGGUCACGCUUACGCGCACGGCCAAGCGUAUUCUGGAUACCAUCAUUAGUAGGCGAGAGUCGUCAACGUGCCUUCCUUUUGAUCCUUCCUUCUCUUCCUCUCUUUUUUUAAGCAACGUGAGCGACGUGAAGAACAGUUCAUCGACGACAGUCGAAGUCUCUUCUCUCAGGCUUCGUGUCGUCCCGAGCCGAAGUUUUGAUCCUACUUUCAACUUGGACAUUCUAUUUAAGGCUUACUUUAACGAUAAUUUAAUUUCGAAGCUCUGUAUCAAGUCCUUUGCUUAGCUGUGCUGAGAAGUACUUCCUUAGAGCCUACUGUAUGGUACUUUGUGCGCUUUCCGCCGUUUAGAGGCGCUAAGUAAAGGCACUGAUACUUCAGAACGUGCAGAUGUGGGAAGGUUCAGGUCGAAGGUAGGGCUGAAGUAUCGACUCUUUUUGUUCGCGCGAUCACGAGGAUAUUUAUUUCUAAUUUAUCGUUAAGGUGGAGCGGACGCAGGGCGUCUGGUCCUUCCGCGAUGUACAUAGAGUAUAAAUUAUUGCUCGCUCUCGUGUGUGCGAAUAGAUCAAACAUGAAAUUGAAUCAAAACCGAGAGGCUAGUCGCAACACGUGUCGAUCGACGGUGGCAUAGCACGCGGCUACGUUACCCCGUUAAUAAGGAUAUUAUAGGAUGCAUCUUAGUCACGACCUCGCGACCUUAGCGCGAGCUCCCGCGGCGCGGUAGCGGACUUGUAAGCAGAACCCACUCGACGCAGUACAUCUAGUCCGAUAUGCGAUGUGUACGAAAUACUUAAUGGCCUCACUCUCGUGCGGCUAUAUCCCUAUGAGAUUCUGUGUAUGCUUUGUAAUAUGCAUCUUCAUUAAUAUAAUGUUAUUUGUACAAAA